AGAUAUUCAUGAAUCGUUGUUUCUUCCAGCCUCGCCUUCUCUCUCCCUCUGCCUUUCUGGCGCGGUUCUCCCUCCCUCCCUCUGGCUUCUGCUCUUUCUUACUCCUUCUCUCAGCUGCUUAACUACAGCUCCCACUGGAACUUGCACAAUCAAAAACAACUCUCCUCUCUCAAGCCGCCUCCAGGAGCGCAUCACCUGGAGAAGAGCGACUCGCUCCCCGCGCCGGCCGCCGAAGAGCAGCCAGGUAGCUGGGGGCGGGGAGGCGUACCCUUCUCCCGCUCGGUAAGAGCCACAGCAUCUCCCCGGAGAUUGGCCGUAUCCCACCGUCCGGCCCCCAGGGUCCUGCAGCGGUGAUGCAUAUGUUUCGGAGCAAUGAUGGAAGGAGAAAAGCCGCUGUCGGUGGCAACUGAAAGUGGGAAGAGGUUGCUGCAGUAGCUGGUGCUGCAGAAUGCGCGAGUGAAGAACUGAGCCCCGCUAGAUUCUCCAUCCCGCUCAGUCUUGAUUAACUGUCUCCAGGAGGUAAACCGGGGAAACAGAUAUGCACUAACCAGGCGAGUGCUAACCUGGAUCUAUAACUGUGAAUUCUCCACGGUGGAAAAUGGUAAACAAAGACAUGAAUGGAUUCCCAGUCAAGAAAUGCUCAGCCUUCCAAUUUUUUAAGAAGCGGGUACGAAGAUGGAUCAAGAGCCCAAUGGUCAGUGUGGACAAGCAUCAGAGUCCCAGCCUGAAGUACACUGGCUCCUCGAUGGUGCACAUCCCUCCAGGGGAGCCAGACUUCGAGCCUUCCUUGUGUCAAACAUGCCUGGGUGAACAUGCUUUCCAAAGAGGGGUUCUCCCUCAGGAGAAGGAGUCAUGUUCAUGGGAAACUCAGUCCGGGUGUGAAGUGAGAGAGCCAUGUAAUCAUGCCAACAUCCUGACCAAGCCCGAUCCGAGAACCUUCUGGACUAAUGAUGAUCCAGCUUUCAUGAAGCAGAGGAGGAUGGGUCUGAACGACUUUAUUCAGAAGAUUGCCAAUAACUCCUAUGCAUGCAAACACCCUGAAGUUCAGUCCAUCUUGAAAAUCUCCCAACCUCAGGAACCUGAGCUUAUGAAUGCCAACCCUUCUCCUCCACCAAGUCCUUCUCAGCAAAUCAACCUUGGCCCGUCGUCCAAUCCUCAUGCUAAACCAUCUGACUUUCACUUCUUGAAAGUGAUCGGGAAGGGCAGUUUUGGAAAGGUUCUUCUAGCAAGACACAAGGCAGAAGAAGUGUUCUAUGCAGUCAAAGUUUUACAGAAGAAAGCAAUCCUGAAAAAGAAAGAGGAGAAGCAUAUUAUGUCGGAGCGGAAUGUUCUGUUGAAGAAUGUGAAGCACCCUUUCCUGGUGGGCCUUCACUUCUCUUUCCAGACUGCUGACAAGUUGUACUUUGUCCUAGACUACAUUAAUGGUGGAGAGUUGUUCUACCAUCUCCAGAGGGAACGCUGCUUCCUAGAACCACGGGCUCGUUUCUAUGCUGCUGAAAUAGCCAGUGCCUUGGGCUACCUGCAUUCACUGAACAUCGUUUAUAGAGACUUAAAACCAGAGAAUAUUUUGCUAGAUUCACAGGGACACAUUGUCCUUACUGACUUCGGACUCUGCAAGGAGAACAUUGAACACAACAGCACGACAUCCACCUUCUGUGGCACGCCGGAGUAUCUUGCACCUGAGGUGCUUCAUAAGCAGCCUUAUGACAGGACCGUGGACUGGUGGUGCCUGGGAGCCGUCUUAUAUGAGAUGCUGUAUGGCCUGCCUCCUUUUUAUAGCCGAAACACAGCUGAAAUGUAUGACAACAUUCUGAACAAGCCCCUCCAGUUGAAACCAAAUAUUACAAAUUCCGCAAGACACCUCCUGGAGGGCCUCCUGCAGAAGGACAGGACAAAGCGGCUCGGGGCCAAGGAUGACUUUAUGGAGAUUAAGAGUCAUGUCUUCUUCUCCCUAAUUAACUGGGAUGAUCUCAUUAAUAAGAAGAUUACUCCCCCUUUUAACCCAAAUGUGAGUGGGCCCAACGACCUGCGGCACUUUGACCCUGAGUUUACCGAAGAGCCUGUCCCCAACUCCAUUGGCAAGUCCCCUGACAGCGUCCUCGUCACAGCCAGCGUCAAGGAAGCUGCCGAGGCUUUCCUAGGCUUUUCCUAUGCGCCUCCCACGGACUCUUUCCUCUGAACACUGUUAGGGCUUGGUUUUAAAGGAUUUUAUGUGUGUUUCUGAAUGUUUUAGUUAGCCUUUUGGUGGAGCCGCCAGCUGACAGGACAUCUUACAAGAGAAUUUGCACAUCUCUGGAAGCUUAGCAAUCUUAUUGCACACUGUUCGCUGGAAGCUUUUUGAAGAGCACAUCCUCCUCAGUGAGCUCAUGAGGUUUUCAUUUUGAUUCUUCCUUCCAACGUGGUGCUAUCUCUGAAACGAGCGUUAGAGUGCCGCCUUAGACAGAGGCAGGAGUUUUUAGAAAGCGGACGCUGUUCUAAAAAAGGUCUCCUGCAGUUCUCUCUGGGCUGUGAUGACGAAUAUUAUGAAAUGUGCCUUUUCUGAAGAGAUUGUGUUAGCUCCAAAGCUUUUCCUAUCGCAGUGUUUCAGUUCUUUAUUUUCCCUUGUGGAUAUGCUGUGUGAACAGUCGUGUGAGUGUGGUAUGCCUGAUCACAGAUGGAUUUUGUUAUAAGCAUCAAUGUGACACUUGCAGGACACUACAACGUGGGACAUUGUUUGUUUCUUCCAUAUUUGGAAGAUAAAUUUAUGUGUAGACUUUUUUGUAAGAUAUGGUUAAUAACUAAAAUUUAUUGAAAUGGUCUUGGCAAUGACUCGUAUUCAGAUGCUUAAAGAAAGCAUUGCUGCUACAAAUAUUUCUAUUUUUAGAAAGGGUUUUUAUGGACCAAUGCCCCAGUUGUCAGUCAGAGCCGUUGGUGUUUUUCAUUGUUUAAAAUGUCACCUGUAAAAUGGGCAUUAUUUAUGUUGUUGUUUUUUUUUUUGCAUUCCUGAUAAUUGUAUGUAUUGUAUAAAGAACGUCUGUACAUUGGGUUAUAACACUAGUAUAUUUAAACUUACAGGCUUAUUUGUAAUGUAAACCACCAUUUUAAUGUACUGUAAUUAACAUGGUUAUAAUAUGUACAAUCCUUCCCUCAUCCCAUCACACAACUUUUUUUGUGUGUGAUAAACUGAUUUUGGUUUGCAAUAAAACCUUGAAAAAUACUUACA